AUGGAAGUUUUUGAUUUUCCUCUUCUCAAUGAGACAACCAAAUCCGAACAGAACAAUCUCUACUCAUUCGUGUACCUCUUGCCGGAUGGUAUGGACAAAGAGGUUACCAUUCGGAAGAGAAUCACGGUUGCAAGGAACAAAAAACCGAAUUUUGUUCUCUCCUCCACGAUAGUCCCGGGUCUGCAUGAGGGUUCCUUCUCGGUCAACCGCCCCGGACGAGAGCCAGACAUCUGUUUGGCCCAUCUGGGUGUGGACACUGUUGGACGGAAUAUCGUACGGAACAGAAUGGGCAUUGCAGUCCGAACGCAGAACAUCAUUCGACCGACAUUUGCUUGA